GAGCCGUACACUGUGAUCGAAUGGCGUCAUAACCACUCACACGCACCCUGGAUCACCAAUCAUUAACCUGUCUCUGUCUUACAGCCACAGUAGUAAGCACCCACACGGACAAUCGCAGACAAAGCUCUCCUAGUUGGAUUACCAAAAGUAGAUCAUGAUGGGAAAGUAGACAUCCGGCAUCACGGAUAGCCUGCACAGAGGUCUGGGACUCAGUGUUGUAUCUGAGCGUGCCAUGUCUGGAAACGGCAACCCUUGCCCCAGCCCUUUAGGGGGCUUCCCUAUGCCGCACUACCCUUACUUCUUUCCUCAUAUGCUAGGAGGGCUCUCCCCUCCAUCACUUCCAGGACUUCCUGUCAGUGGAUACAGCACUCCAUCUCCUGCAACUGUGGAGACCCAGAGCACAAGCUCGGAGGAGAUCGUACCCAGCCCACCCUCUCCGCCACCUCCCCCACGGAUCUACAAGCCUUGUUUCGUCUGCCAGGACAAGUCCUCGGGCUACCACUAUGGAGUCAGCGCAUGUGAAGGGUGCAAGGGCUUUUUUCGAAGGAGUAUUCAGAAGAACAUGGUGUACACCUGCCACAGAGAGAAGAGCUGUAUCAUCAACAAGGUCACGCGAAACCGCUGCCAGUACUGCCGACUGCAGAAGUGCCUGGAAGUAGGCAUGUCUAAAGAAUCGGUUCGAAACGACCGGAACAAGAGGAAGAAGGAUGAGAAGAAGCAGGAGUGUUCAGAGAGUUACGUCUUAAGUCCUGAUACAGAGCAGAUGAUCGAGCGGGUGAGGAAGGCCCAUCAGGAAACCUUCCCCUCCCUCUGUCAGCUUGGCAAAUACACCACGAACAACAGUUCAGACCAGAGGGUCGCUCUGGAUGUUGACCUGUGGGACAAGUUCAGCGAACUGUCUACCAAAUGCAUCAUUAAAACGGUCGAGUUUGCCAAGCAGCUGCCCGGCUUCACCACGCUCACUAUCGCAGAUCAGAUCACUCUCUUAAAGGCCGCCUGUCUCGACAUCCUGAUUCUGCGAAUAUGUACACGCUACACACCGGAUCAGGACACCAUGACAUUUUCAGAUGGUCUGACACUGAAUCGCACGCAGAUGCACAACGCCGGCUUCGGUCCACUGACAGAUCUGGUAUUCGCUUUCGCCAACCAGCUCCUGCCUCUGGAGAUGGAUGAUGCAGAGACUGGGCUUCUCAGUGCCAUCUGUCUGCUGUGUGGAGAUCGGCAGGAUCUGGAGCAGUCGGAUAAGGUAGAUGUGCUUCAGGAGCCGCUGCUGGAGGCCCUAAAGAUCUACGUGAGGAAGAGGAGACCUCACAAACCACACAUGUUCCCCAAGAUGCUGAUGAAGAUCACAGACCUCAGGAGCAUCAGCGCUAAAGGAGCGGAACGGGUAAUAACGCUGAAAAUGGAGAUCCCUGGCUCCAUGCCUCCACUCAUUCAGGAGAUGCUGGAGAAUUCGGAGGGCCUGGAAGGAGGCAGUGGGGCGAGAGGAGGAGGAGGAGGAGCACCACCAGGAAGCUGCAGCCCCAGUCUGUCUCCCAGCUCGGCACACAGCAGCCCCUCAGCUCACUCCCCCUGACUCUCACCUCCAGACAGGGCUCCGUACGGAACCAGAAACAAGCCACAGCAGACCAGAGCCAGAGACCUGAAUUCCGGUAGACUUUGAUCCGGGGUGACCGGACCCGAAUUGAACCGUAAAUCUGGCUGGCUUUUAUUAGCUGAAGACCAAUUGAGUUACACACAGGCCGAGCCUGAUCAAAACUCACACCGUCAUUUAAACCCACUAGUGAUUCAGUGACAAGCUUUUUAUGUGGCGGUGGUUCAAGACGACAGCAGAACAAAUGCCCUGUGUGUGCAGAAGCAGCUCUUUACUGUGUCUUCCCGGCUCUGCUCCCAUCACACAGACUGUGAAGGACUCGUCUGAGGGAUGCGCUCUCUCGGCCUGUGACGUUAUUUUAUAAACUUCAAUCCCUUAACGCAAGCUAAAGGACAUUAGGACGUCAAAUGUCCAUAAGUCAGGGACAUUUUGAACUUUCCAGCUGUUUUGAUUCUGUUUCUUUGUUUUCUUACAAAAGAUAUAUGAAUAUAUGAAAUCUAUAUUGACAGAAAUAUGAGAUUUGAAUUUUUUGUCUUAGGUGGAAUGCAGAACAAUUCUUAUCUUUUCUCUCACUUUUCUCAAGAGUUGAACACGAUUAUGGUCGACCCACUGUUGCGCUCACUCCAAGAUUCACAUCAUGCUCAAGGGCACGUCGCACUAGCACUGAAAAUGAUGCGUGUACUUCAAGACGUGAAGUACGAUGAGGUUAAAAUGCAAUUUUGUCCAGAUGAUUUGGAGCUAUAUUAGACUUCAUCAGAAUGAUCAACUUGGCAGUUCGUGGCAAUGAAAUGAAGUAUGUAAACAAGCAGCUUGUGUUUGAAAGAUGUGUAUGAGAUCUGUUUUAAAAGGAGCAGUAAAUGCCUUCCUGUAGCUUUUUAAUAUUGUUUCUUAAUUUACUUUUAAAUUGUCAACUGUGGAAAGACACAGAUACCCCCUUCUACACAGUAUUAGCAGCUUAUAAAAUAAAAAAGGAGAUUUCCAAACAUGAA